AUGACACAUGGAACCGAUUUAUCAUUGUAUCAACAAGGUGCUGAGACAUCUACCAGUUCGGUACCAGAUAUUCCCAGGCGGUCUACCGUGCGAACGAGUAAUUCUUGGCCAGAAAAUGAGCCAAGGCCAACAGGGCUUGGCUUAAUACAUUGCUCAUUGCAACAUUUUCCAAUUAGAAAACGUCUUCGUGUUUCACUUUUAAAAGCAGAAGGAUUAGCAGGUAAAUUGAAACCGGAAUUAGAAAUUCAUGCUUUUUGUAAGGUAUCGCUAGCACCAGGUGGCAAACCACAAAAUUCAAUUGUGAAACGUGGACGUGACGUUGCGUUCAAUCAGGAAUUUUUCUUUGACAAUGUAUUGGUGGAUGAUUUAAGCGAGAAAUGUCUUGCAAUAACAGUUUAUCAUCAAUCACCGCAGAAACUUCAAAAAGAUGUUAUCAUCGGUGAUAUGUAUUUAUCAUUGAAAAGCUUAAGCGAAUUACGAUCUAAAAAAGAAGUAAAAAUUGUGGAAGAAUUAAAAUAUCGCAUUAAUUCAAAGAAAUUAGGAAAAUUAUGCAUAACAACAUGUCUGGAAAAAAAAGCAUCUCGCUUAACGAUUAAUAUUAUCAAAGUGGAAGAUUUACCAAAAGGUGGCAUUACUGGACCACCUGACGUAUGUAUCCGUGUACUUUUAACGCAAAACAACGUGACACAAACAAAACAAAGUCGUAUAAUCAAAGGAACGUGUAAUGCAACGUUUAAAGAAGCGAUUAUGUUUUUGGUAAAAACAAAAUCAAUUGAUCUCGAGAAUACCAGCAUUGUUAUUUCUGUUCAUGAUUUAUCCAGGACAAUUGCUGGUGAUGAUUUAAUUGGUUCGGUAUAUCUCGGUAAAUUAGCAAUUGAUAAAUCGGAACAUGAACAAUGGAAAAAUACAAUGGAACAUUUAGGAAAAGAAUUUAAAGGUAUUCAUCAUCUUAAGGCACGUGUAGAAGCGCCAAAUGUUCACGUAACGGAGGCAACGUCAGAUUCUGAAUGA